AUGGUGUUCAUCGACUUAGAGAAGGCUUAUGGUAGAGAGUUAGGACAGGUAGCCGAGCCUUGUCGUUUUCUAAUUGGUAUGCUUGUUGUUGUUGUCCUUCCUUUUACCUAUCCUAAGCCGAUGGUCUUCCGGAAAAAGCCUCUCUGCCUUCUUGAAGGUGAUGUGGUUCUCAAGGACUUGAAACUGAAGGCAGAGGCUUUGAAUUCCUUGAAAUUACCAGUUACUGUCAAAGCUGGUUUUGUUGGAACCAUAACUCUUAAGGUUCCUUGGAAAAGUCUUGGCAAGGAGCCUGUUAUUGUUCUUAUUGAUAGAGUCUUCAUUUUAGCUCAUCCUAUUGUUGAUGGAAGGUCUCUUAAGGAAGAAGACCGAGAAAAACUUUUCGAGGCAAAACUUCAACAAAUAGAGGAAGCAGAAUCAGCCACCCUUGAGGCAUUAUCAAGAUCAAAGUUGGGAAGUCCACCUGCUGGAAAUUCUUGGCUUGGAUCAUUAAUUGCGACUAUAAUUGGAAAUCUCAAGAUUUCAAUUAGCAAUGUCCAUGUCAGAUAUGAGGAUUCUGUCAGCAAUCCUGGGCAUCCAUUUUCUUGUGGGGUUACUCUUGCAAAGCUUGCAGCAGUUACGAUGGAUGAACAAGGGAAUGAAACAUUCGAUACAAGUGGCGCUUUGGAUAAAUUGCGUAAGUUGGUGCAACUUGAAAGGCUUGCCAUGUACCAUGAUUCAAACAGCAAGCCAUGGAAGUUGGACAAGAAAUGGGAGGAUCUUACUCCAAAAGAAUGGAUUGAGGUAUUUGAAGAUGGUAUUAAUGAACCUUCAAAUAACAGUAGAAACUUAUCUGGAUGGGCUGAAUAUCGCAACUACUUGGUGUCACCAAUUAACGGAGUCCUCAAGUAUCAUCGUCUGGGAAAUCAAGAAAGAAAUGAUCCUAAUGUUCCCUUUGAGAUGGCUUCUCUGAUCAUCAGUGAUGUAUCGUUGACCGUCAAUGAGGUUCAAUAUCAUGAUUGGAUAAGACUUAUGGAGGUCAUUACAAGAUAUAAGACAUACAUUGAAGUUUCUCAUUUGAGACCAAUGGUGCCCGUUUCAGAGGAUGUCAGUAGUUGGUGGCGGUAUGCCGCUCGUGCAGGAUUGCAGCAGAGGAAAAUGUGCUAUAGAUUCUCCUGGGACCAAAUUCAAGCCCUAUGUNUGGGGAUGGGUGGGUUUCAGAUUAAGGUUUUAUUGAUAGCAACAGAAUGUAAAUCCCCUUAUGCGUGUACACUGUCAUAA